UUAUCCACUGAUACUUAGCCUAAUUGUUGUGAUAAACUUAUUAAAUAGAUCGAAUAGUUUGCGUUAACCAGAUUCUAGAAGUCAGCCGCUGAUAUGUCAUCCUAUUCAACAAAAGCCAAGAAAGUGGAUGGCAAAUUGGAGAAGAUGGCGAAAAGACGAGUGCCAGUGAACCCUAAGUACGCGAAUGUGAAGUCUUCACUGGACACAGGAGCAAGUCUCAGCAAAUACCUAGAUAAGUUAGAGGAAAUUAGAAGCAAUUAUAGGUUUCAGAAAAACGAAAUUUUUAAAAGAAUGAAAGUUACAACAUUUGCCCAACUGAUAAUUCAAGUUGAGAGAUUCAGACAGUCACAAGGACAGUUUUUCGAAGAUAUUCUGGAAGAACAGUCCGAAUCUCCAACAGAUCUCACUUCCAGUAACGAUAAUGAUGCUCGGAAUGGAAAUGACAUGGACACAACGCCUCGCAACCAGAACAAAACAAACAACAACACAGGCAAAAGUAGCCCGACUUUGACGGAGAGUGAGUUCGGUGAUCAACCUUCAACGCAGAGAUCUACACUUCAUGGUCUCAUCUGCGGAGUGGGUGAGAAGGAUACCUCCAGCAACUAUUCAGGAGGCGGUCACUACAACUCUAACGGGACAACCCACUCUUCCUCCUCCAACACCCCCUCGUCAGUGGGAGGGAACAGCAGCAGUCGAAGUGGCGGACACCCAUCCUCGGCAGCUUCCUCGGCUAGAGGGGGCUCAGGGGACUCGACAGAAGGACACCCGUUUCUGCUGUUAGACUGUCAAGACGAAGAAGACUUCGAAAAAUGUCACAUUGUUGGUGCAAUAAACUUCCCCAAGUCGCGUCUGUCUCGUGCGGUGAACUACGAGAUAGCACCCAUGUACGACUACAAGAACAAGGCGGGCAAAGUGAUUGUGGUGUACGAUGCAGAUGAGCAGAUUGCCGUUCACGUGGUCACCUCUUUGGUCGAGAGGGGCUACGAUAACCUCUUCAUGUUGUCAGGAGGACUGAAAGUAACGUACCAAAAAGUGCCAACUUUGAUCACUGGAACUCUGCCCAAGGCGGCUUUAGUGUUUAACGAGAACACUGCCAGACCUGCGAAAGGAGGUGGAUCCAAGAAAGGAUCGGUGGCCUCGGAGAUCCAACUGGACCCCGUGAUCCGCUCCGAGUUCUCCUCUGACGAUAUUGACAGAAUUGAGGACGAACUAGGAAAUACGUUGGAAGCUGGAUCUGACAGCAGUAGUAUGUGUGGGAGUGCUCGCUCUCAAUACACGGGUCGUUCGACUGCGGCGCCAGCCAGCAGCAGGUCAAGUCGUGCUUCAGUCGCCAGUUCCCACAGGUCGUCGGGAGCAGGCGAUGGUCAAAACAGAUGGAAGUGAUGGACUACUUUGGGCCAUACAAUGAGUCAUACCUUUUAUUGACGGCCUGUCCGAAAAAUAACAAAUAGGGGCAAUAAACUCACUCAUGUUUUAAACAGAUUGUGCUUUUUUGUUUGUGGCACGUUCGAAGUUUUCGAAAUGUUUGUGCGCUUGUUCACGGCUUCCUCAAAGACUGGCCUCAAUUGAUGCUUUAAUUUUGAAUGACAUUUCAUGUGUUAAUAUGUAAAUAGGAUGUUCGUUAUGUUAAGAAUUCGCUGUACAGAUGCCACAUUUUGUGAGUUUAUGUAAAUAAUGAUCAAUAGAAUGUCAAAUGGU